AUGAAGUUUGAUACAAAGGAAAACGAGGCUGUAUUUAAAAAAGUUAAAAAUCAAUUACCAGAAUUAAUUGAAACUCAAUGUAAAGGAUAUGAUGAAAUAUAUGGAUAUAAGAUUAUUCCCGGUAAUGAUGAAAAUUUAACUAAAUUUUAUAACGAAGACAUUGUUAAUGCUAUUAUUUUUAAAUUUUGUAAAGGUUAUAAAUUUCAGUAUUCUAUUGUUGUUGAAAAGAUUAAAAAUGUUUUAAAUUGGAGACGUGAAUUUAAUCCAUUAAGUGCCGCAUAUCAAGAGGUUCAUGAUCCUGAAUUAGUUGAAGUUGGUUUAUUAACCCAUUAUCCUAAUGAGGAAUCGAAUAAAAAGAUUAUUACAUGGAAUAUAUAUGGGAAAUUAGUGAAAAAGAAGCAUUUAUUUAAAGAAGCAAAUAAAUUUUUAAGAUAUAGAAUUGGACUUAUGGAACGUAGUUUAAGAUUAAUUGAUUUUACUGAUAAUGAUAAUAAUUAUAUGGCCCAAGUACACGAUUAUAAAGGUACAUCAGUUUGGAAAAUGGAUUCAGAUAUGAAACGUUGUGUUAAGGAUAUUAUUUCCAUCUUUCAAGAUUAUUACCCUGAAUUACUUUCUGCAAAAUAUUUUGUUUAUGUACCAACCUUUCUCGGAUGGGUAUAUGAUGUCAUUAAAAAAUUUGUUGAUGAAAGUACAAGAAAGAAAUUUGUUGUAUUAAAUGACGGGAAAAAAUUAGGUAAAUACAUUUCAAAUUGCCCUUCGAUACCGUAUGGUGGUAAAGAUACAAAAUCACUUCAAGAACAAAAUAUUGCAGAGAUUAGACCUAGUGAAUAUGCACAAUAUUUAUUAGAGAAACAGAUCAUUGAGGAUGUAGAUUAG